CUACAUCGUUUUCCCCUCCUGUGAGUCUAGUCGUUCUGAUCCUGGUUUUAAUACCUUUCAAUCCCUUACUUAACCUCGUGCUGAUAGAUGUCUGACGACGCGAGGGUCGUGUAGAAUGCAUUUUCACCUGUCAUUUCGUUAAGGGUUCCGGAAGGAAAAUUCGUCCCCAUGAAGGAACUGUCGCGAAAUGACGAGCAUAAAGUGGCCCGAUAUUCCCUGAACGCCUCCUGUGGACCUCGAGAUGGCUUCGGCCGGAUAUUGCUCCUGCUCGGAGCCAGCGGAUCAGGGAAGAGUACGUUGGUGAAUGCGUUGUUCAAUUUCCUGAUGGGCGUGAAAUGGGAGGAAGAUAAGCGAUACGAGAUCGACAUGACAUUCGCAGAGACUGGGAAAGGGAGUCGUGCAACUCAGACCAAAUGGGUCACGGGGUACACCAUCAAAAGUCCAGAAUACGGGAUCAUCACCAUCGUGGACACACCUGGUUUUGCGGAUACGGAAGGCUUGGACGAAGAUGCUUAUAUUCCCAAGCAGAUUCUGAACUUUUUCGAGGUCAACGGUUUGACGGAGUUGUGUGCGAUCGUUAUCGUCGUCCCAGCUACCCGGGCGAGACUGAACCUUGCAGAAAAAUACGCCUAUGAUUCCUGCCUGAAGAUGUUUGGGAAAGAUGCGACCGAUAACUUCUACUUCGCCUUCACCUUCUCAGACUGCAGUGACCCGGUGGCCCUGAAGGCCGUCAAGGCGGAAAACAUCUCAUACCGAGACUAUUUUCAGGUUAAUAACUCCACCCUGUAUUCGGCCGAUAUGUCUGAAAAUGAAACGAACGUUGCCCAGCUAAAUUGGGACAUGAGCGUACGAGGGUUCCAGAAAUUAUCCAAUGACCUGUCCAAGAUUAAACCAGUCAGCCUGGCAUUAACCACAGAGGACCCGAUGGAACCAGACGCCCUUGACGACGAAGUCGCCAAACUCAAGCGUCAACUUGAAAUGUGUCAGGGUUUCCAGAAGCUGGUCGAUUUGCAGAAACAGGAGAUGGAGCUUUCCAUGAACCAUACCAGGCCGAACGUUCGGAGGAAUCUGCUGCCAAAAUUGCAGGGAAAGCUCCGCGAGGCUCGGUUGGAGCUGACGAGAGUUUUGAAAGAUUUGAACGAAUCGCUGCAUCGCCUCAGCGAGCGCGGCACGAAAUCCUCGCCUGCGACAGUGACGGAUUACAUCCAGCUCCUCGUCGACGCAGAACACCAAAAGCGACGGCCUGGCUUCAGGGAGCGGCUCCAGGUCCUGGGCGAGGCGAAACAACAAGCUGAAAUCAUCUGCAGAGCGCAUCUACUAGCAAGUGUAGAGGUCCGUUCGGAGCAGCAGAUCCACCCGGAUAAAAAUGAGAGGAAGGGACCCGCGGACAGGAAGAGUUACACGGAAACUUCUGAGAUGGAGUAUCAGGACCGCGAGACACACUUCAGGAAGUCCUUCAGGAAGGCCUUCAGAAAGUCCAUCAGAAGGUCCUUCAGCUUGGGAAAGAAGAAAAAGGAUGAAGAAGACGACCCACCGGCCACGAACGAGGUCCAUUCACGGGUCCAUCAGCAGCCUCAAAAACAACCCAGAAAGUCCCAAAGGCCGCGGCGAAAAGGGGAUGUGUUGGACGAAUGUGUCAUCCAAUGAACACCGUGUCUUUGUAUUUCAUCGUAUGAGUG